AGGUACCAGUGCUGCUAUGGAGCCUGCGCCUGCUCUGGGCACAUGGGCGAGCAGGAGCACCCAGACAUCUGCCUCCGCUCAGAGGUGCUGUGUUGUUUCUGCUACGCCAGCCUGGCGACGAGGUGGAUAAUCCAGGACCAGAUGCACAUCCAGAACACGUGCAUGGACGACUGCAUCACGUCGGUGACUCUGCGCCUGCGCAACUGCCUCUCCUACCUCGCAUGCAGCGCCAACGCGCGCGCCGGCGCUCGAGGGCACAUACGGCGGGGGGAUGCCGUGCGGGUGAUGGAGUGUAUCCUGCUGCAUGUGUUGGCGGGGCCGCUGGUGUGUGUCAUGUUCCCCUGCAUGGCAGCGCAGCAGACUGCCAUGCUGGACAUGCGCGACGCAAACCCCACCAUCAUCCGCCCACCCUUUGACCCCAUGAAGGUUUGCCUCGAUAUCUUUUGA